CCGUCGUGUGUUUGGAUUUCUUCUCCCCAGUCCCUGGCUCUACCUGUGGUGUCCCAAAUGUCAGCAUGGCGACAUCUGGCGGGACUUGUUCCACGAAAACCACAGAGGUGAACUUUCCACAUACCAUCGACAAUUCCUACUCCCAGCAGGAAGAGACCAAACCGAAUUUCUCAGCCAGCAAGAUUAGACUUCUUCUGAGCCAGGUGGCCUACUUCCAGAACUACCAGCUCAUGACAUCCAAAGAACGAAAAGAUCACGAUGAAGAACAGAAAUACAUAGACAGUAAAAAUAAACAUCUUAUGAGUCUUGUGGCCUACUACCUGGGCUGCCGGCUGAAGAUGAAAGUCCCGGGCUUUCUGUGUUCUGCCCCAAACGUCAACAUGGUGGCAUCCGGCAAGCCGCCUUCCAGAAAAAUCACAGAGGUGAACAUUCCAGAAGGCAAUGAGAAAUCUUGCUCGCAACAGGAAGAAAACCAACUGAAUGUCAGAGCCAACAAAAAUAGACUUAUUAUGAUCCAGGUGGCCUACUUCCUGAACUACGGGCUGAAGAUAUACGAUGAUGAAAAGGAUGACGAUGAAGAGCAGAAAUAUGGAGACAGCCAAAAUAAGCUUAUUAUGAGUCAAGCGGCAUACGAUUUGCACUACCGGCUGACGACGGAAGAAAAUGACGAAGACGAGGAUGAAGAUGUUCACGUCGCAGAGGCUGAGAAAAUAGAGGAGCCACGUGCCCCCAGGUAACGCUGAAUAAUCAGGAGCAAGUAGUGGGUGGUAAAGUAUGGAAAAGAUCUAGAAUCUCACCCUCUCUGGUGUCUGCCAUGGGCCAAAAGCCUCCAUUCCCUUGGCC